CGGUGACGCACCUUCGGCGCCAUCACCUCCUCCACCCCAAUAAAGCGCGCUCCCGACGAGCAAAGCAUCGUUCGGGGGCGCGCGCCGAGAACGUGCAUGCCCCACGUGACCCGCUUAGGGCCAACAGGGAGCAGAAGAUCGCUGGGCGCGAAGCGCGUUCUCGCAAGCAGUUGCUGCAGGCGGGAGAGGCGAGCGAGGAAGGAACGGGCUCAGAGCGCGUGCAGACUCGCUCCCCGAGAGGUCUCUGCCUGACGCGUCGCCAUGUCCGAGGAGAAACCUAAGGAAGGAGUAAAAACAGAAAAUGACCAUAUCAAUUUAAAAGUUGCUGGUCAAGAUGGAUCGGUGGUACAGUUUAAAAUAAAACGCCACACGCCACUAAGUAAACUAAUGAAAGCUUAUUGUGAGAGACAGGGUUUGUCAAUGAGACAGAUUAGAUUCAGAUUUGAUGGGCAACCAAUUAAUGAAACAGAUACACCUGCACAGUUGGAAAUGGAAGAUGAAGAUACUAUUGAUGUGUUUCAACAGCAAACUGGUGGCAUGUGCUAAAUGUCCUUUUCGUUUCGGAGGAGGAAUGCAAAAUGUCACCCACUUCAUCAUCUGUCCUUGGAUUUGCUAUUAAAUAGUAAACAAACGAACAUGCCAAUCAUACAGGAAUCUUCUCAUGUUCUGAGGACACUUAUCCAAAUCCUUUUCCUGUCCCUGAUAUACUGCGUGUGCAACUUGAAGCUGUAUUUGUGGAAAAUAACUUCAUGAAAAAGGGCCCAGUAAAAAAUUAAAUUUUCAAAUAAGUAAAUACUGGCUGUUGUCUACUGUCAUCUUGUUCUUCUAAAAUGGUGACCUAAAUACCAACCUACUGUAAAAUGAAGAUACUUAGUCCUGCCUUUAGUUGUUUUUGUUUUACUGCUUAAUUAUGAUAAUGUAAAUAUUGAAAUAGUUUUUCUUUGCAGUAGUAUUUUUUUCUUAAAAGAUGUUUGGGAAAGAAGAAAAGAAUUUUAUCAUAAACACAAUUAUUACUCUAAAACUGUUAACGGGAUAUAUGGAAAGAGCAAUACUUGCAGAAUGCUGAUUAUAGUGGCAGUUAAGGGUAAUGCAAAUGUACAUGUGCUUUUUCAUAAUAAAAUAGUAUAGAAUCAAUUUUUAAAUGGGAAGUCAUUGAGUUUGUCAGCAACUACACUAUUUGCAUACAUUAUAUUCCACAUUUACUAUAAAGUUCACAUAUCCAGGGUGGAGUACCAGAGUAUUUGAUAAUUUUUUAAAAUAAUUGACCAGGAUGUUUUAAGAAGCUCUGCUGGGCAGCUUGUGUUAAUUCAGUGGGACUUGUGCAGGAGAAAUUCUCAGCAGAUAAUUCUUACAAAAAGCAUUAUUGAUUUAUUGGACAAUAAAUGCUAUGUACCUUUUUUGUUAAAAGCUAACUUUAUAGGCUCAUUGUUUUUAUAGUCUAGUCUGGGAUUCAAAUAGCUGUGUAUUGUAUUCUGCCUAUGCAUUAGGAUUUUAUUGCUUCCCUUUCAUUGCAACCACUGUUUGGGGAACCCAGUGGAGCAGAAUGCAAUACAAGAGGAAUGUAGCCAACAGUGAAUUCAGUAUCCCAUUCCUGAGUAUUUGUGAAGUCUUUUGCUUAUGCACAGGGCUCUUUAAAUUUCAGCCAUCAAUUCAUAAUUCUUUUAUUGUCUUCUCUUCAAAUUUCAAUAUUUGUGGUCAAGUUAAAGUGCAAGUGUACCAUUGGGAAAAUAUUGAAUGCAAAGGUCCUGUUUCCCAAAUACUUUACAUUUAAAGGAAUUUUAGUAGUCACGUGUGAUUUGGAUGCAUCUAAAUCAAAUUUAUUUUGUUGACUUUUUGUAAGCUUUUUCAUUGCUGCUUGGGAAAGUCAAUUUCUGCCUUUUAUAUCUAUAUCGGUUUGUAAGAAACCCUGUUGAGAAGACUGGCUAUCUUUACCUAUUUCCUACAAUUGUAAAUGGUCCAGGAAGAGAUAUUCCUUUAAAACUGUUAAUUGUUUAUUCAAUUGUAUAAUACUUGUCCUUUAUUAUUGUAUACAGUAAACAUAAUUUGGUACUCUG